GCGGGGGCAGGGGCGCGGGCGGCCGGCCGGGCGGGGCGGCGGGCGCAGGAAUGCACGCCCCCCGCCGCGGCCCCGCCCCGAGCAUCCCGCUCCGCUCGGGCUGCACCUCGGCGCCGGAGGGCGGGCGCCAUGGCUGCCUCGAGGCCACCGCAGGUCGCGGAGCUGCUGGCCCGGGCCCGGGCGGCCUUCCGGGAGGAGUUCGGGGCCGAGCCCGAGCUGGCGGUGUCGGCGCCAGGCCGCGUCAACCUCAUCGGGGAGCACACGGACUACAACCAGGGCCUGGUGCUGCCCAUGGCCCUGGAGCUGGUGACCGUGAUGGUGGGCAGCCCCCGGGCAGACGGCCUCGUCUCCCUCCUCACCGCCUCUGAGGACGCUGACGAGCCCAGGCUGCUGCAGUUCCCCUUGCCCACAGCCCAGCGGUCCCUGGAGCCGGGGACCCCCCGAUGGGCCAACUAUGUCAAGGGAGUGAUUCAGCACUACCCAGCCGCCCCGCUCCCCGGCUUCAGCGCAGUGGUGGUCAGCUCCGUGCCCCUGGGGGGUGGGCUGUCCAGCUCGGCAGCCCUGGAAGUGGCCACGUACACCUUCCUGCAGCAGCUCUGCCCAGACUCGGGGACAGUAGCCGCCCGGGCCCAGGUGUGUCAGCGGGCCGAACACAGCUUCGCAGGGGUGCCCUGUGGCAUUAUGGACCAACUCAUCGCUCUGCUGGCGCAGAAGGGCCAUGCGCUGCUCAUCGACUGCAGGUCCCUGGAGACAAGCCUGGUGCCCCUGUCAGACCCCAAGCUGGCCGUGCUCAUCACCAACUCCAACGUCCGCCACUCCCUGGGCUCCAGCGAGUACCCCCUGCGGCGCCGCCAGUGCGAAGAGGUGGCCCGGGCGUUGGGCAAGGAGAGCCUCCGGGAGGUGCAGAUGGAGGAGCUGGAGGCGGGCAGAGAGCUGGUGAGCAAGGAGGGCUUCCGGCGGGCGCGGCACGUCGUGGGGGAGAUCAGGCGCACGGCCCAGGCAGCGGCUGCCCUCCGCCGGGGCGACUACAGAGCCUUCGGCCGCCUCAUGGUGGAGAGCCACCACUCCCUCAGGGAUGACUACGAGGUGAGCUGCCCGGAGCUGGACCAGCUGGUGCAGGCCGCGCUGGCGGCGCCCGGGGUUUAUGGCAGCCGCAUGACGGGCGGCGGCUUUGGGGGCUGCACGGUGACUUUGCUCGAGGCUUCCGCUGCUCCCCAAGCCAUGCAGCACAUACAGGCGCAGUAUAGCGGUACCGCCACCUUCUACCUCUCCCAGGCCGCCGACGGUGCCCGGGUGCUGCCCUGGUGAGCUCCACGCGGGCAUGGGCCUGCCAGGCGGCAAGCCAGGAAGCUCCGUGCCGCCGGCGCCUGCCCUCCGCACCUGGUGCUCAAUAAACGUGCCUCAGACCUCA